AUGCUUAAUAAAUCCAAAGUGAAAUCAGCCACAAGGGUGAACGAAAAUCGUCGAAAGAAGCCCACCACCGCGUCGAGUAACCUACACGCAUCACCUUCGUUAAUCGGCAAAUUUCGAAGGAGGAAGCAGAAAUCCCACUUCUCGAAGAGUACCGCGGACACCGCGAACGCGGAGAAGCGAGCGACCUCCGCGAACAGUAAUGCGAAAAGUGAACAGGAAAAUCCUCAAAAGGACAGCAGGAUAACAUCCACUCUGCCCGAAGAUACGGCGGUGCAUUUCGGAAGAUUCUAUGGGGUCGAGGACGCGAAUAAACCGAAAGCUGGGAGGGUGAAAACCUCGUCGGAUCCAACUGCUGUUCCGUAUUACAGACUAACGCCCAGAUUGGAAUUCACCAGGCAAAUGGUUCAAAAACUGGAGCGAACAGCUGGCACGGAGGAAUACGCUCGGCAAGUGUCAGCCUUAUUAGAGGAGACGGUCGAGCCGGCGCAUUUCAAGCUGCAUUCAUUGCCCACCGAGAAUUCGAUUCCCGACGGGAGACACAAUCCCACGGGAUUCCCGCUCUGGUACAAGGAGCCCUUUAAGAUGCCGUUCACCUCGGACGAGGUUUACAAGCUACUGAAAGAGAAAUUCGAUAACGCUGAGAGGAAAGCGAAGAAUAUCUUCGACGAGGAAGCGUCUGAUAAUAAUUCGUUGGAGGAAUGGCCUGGGGACGAGCAAGGGGAAAAUGAAAGUUUAGGAGAUAACGAGGAGAAAGAUAUAUUGACGAGGGAAAAAUCAUCGGUGCACUUAUUGUCGAAUGGAUCGUCCUCCGUUACCGAGGCCAAGGACACGGAUUCGAGGGAAAGCAACGACACGUCGUCUUCCGACGCGAAGCCGCGCAAAGUGCAGUUUUUGCAACGCCGCUGAUUUCCAAACCAUUUUGCCCGGUGAAUAUGCGGAAAAUU